AUGCUGCACUUGCUUGGGGGACCCGACUGCACGCUGCGCCUCCUGGAGCAGCAGCACAGACUGCCCUCCCAGGAGGAAAUCGAUAGAGCUAUGAAGGAUGCCGAGGAGGCGGCUUCUUGUGCGGACACUCCUGAGCUCGCUGUUCAUUCUGCUCCCGCUGCAUGGAAGCAAGCCGCUGGAGACGCCCUCGCCUCCUGUUCAGGUCCAGGCACGGCUGCUCAACGCCUUGCAGCAGAGGCUGGCAGAAGCGGCCUCCCUGCCCUCGUCACACCCCCAAGCGCAACAGCCGCAGCAGCAGAAGCGUGUGGAGGGGACGCUGCUAAAGGCACUCGGGCAGACUUGGACGGGGUGGAAGGGGUGUCAGUGGACCCCUCAGUGUCACAGGAGGCCCCUCAGAAGAACGGCAUGCCCCCCUGUUGCGACUCAACAGCGGCUGCUGCUCCUCUCAGCAGCAGAAACAGCAGGAGUGCCAACAAUGCGGAUACGCCAAAACCAAAACAGCUGUCGCUCUGGCGCCGAUGCAGAGAAAAGCUGCACAUGCACCGUCUCGUGCGGGGGGAGGGCUCCAAAGAAACUUUCGAGGGUGGUCUUAGGGGCCUUCUAGAGGCUCAAGGGGGCGUCGAAGCAGCUGCUGAGUCUGUUCCUCAAAACGCAUGGCAACAGCCGCCACUGGUGGGAGUCUCCCCUCUCCAACAAACCCUUGUCUCAGCACCUGCUUCUGCAGUUGUUGCUGCCGCUGAACCGUCUAGCAGUGGCCUGCCAGAGCCACAGCAGCCGCUACGCCCUUUGGCAAGGACUGUUGCGGGAGCGUUGGAAGCCGUAGGGACGAAGCCUCCCACGGAGUCUGCUACACGAGGCAUUUCAUCUGUUGCUGCUGAAGGUGAAGGCUGCAGCAACGCGCCUCUUGAAGGCGCGCUUUUUGAGUACCCUUUAACGACGUCUUCGGGGGUCGACGUGUAUGGACAGCGGCUGCCACAGCCGCUUUUUCGAGGAGUUGGCAGCGCUGAGGGAGGAGAACAAGGCAUGGCCGUGAUGACAUGCAGCACCUGUAGCAGCUCGCUUGCAGCGCAGGGAGCCUCUGCACCCCUUCUGACGGCGGGAGAGCAGCCGAGCGGUGCGCCUCUCCUUCUGCAGCUGAGGAGGCAGACAAGGAACGCUCUGGCCUUGAAGUCGCUUGAUGCAUGCGCGGCUGCCACUGCUUUGGCAGCUAGGAGUUCAGGGGUGGCUCAUGAUGAAGAGGCCUGCAAGUGGGCUGCGGCAGAGAAGACGUGGAGGAUCUGGUUCGUUCCUCCGCUUUGCUGCUUCGCGUGGCAUACAAAGCCUAGAUCCUUUUCGGCUUGGGAUUUACGAAUGAGCUAUUACUGCCUGGUCCCCUUCACCCUACUAAAGCUGCUGCGAGUUCUGCUAUGCUACAUGUUACCGAUGCUGAUGCACCUUGGGAACGACAACAACAGCAAGGAUGCGGCUGCUGAUCCUGCCGAAGGAGGCGGGGGAGAGCAACACGUGCUUCAGCGGCUUCUGCAACUAUUCUGCUUCCUCUCUUUGGUCCUUGCAAUGUGGGGCCUCGCGGUUGUCUUUAUCGCUACAAGGCCUCUUCUCAAACCCUUCAAAAUCGGAUGGAAGUUCAGCUGUUUGAAGGCACUCGUAUUUUUCAUUCAGCUGUUGGAACUCGUAGCGGAGGUCUUGCAGCCUCUGUCGCAUAUCACCACUGCUUCGGGUGCAGAAGCAGCAACAGAAGCAGCCCUCGCUACAGUAGCGGCCCGGCGCGUAUACGUCUUCACAUUCCUUGAGCUCCUUGGCUCGGCUGUCUGUGCAGUAAUGGCCGCUUGUGUAUUCACACCGUCAGACUUGCUCCUGGCGCAUCGCCGCUUGCAAGUGCUUCUUCAAUAUAUUCCUCGCGGUGCCUCAACAGACAACGGGGAGGCCUGGUGGCCUCCUCGCCGCUGGCCUUAA